AUGGACAAGAUCUCAAUGACCAUCUGCGGAGAUGGUGGAUAUGAUGAUUCCUACUCCGUCACCUGCAACGUCGAUGGCCACCCCUACGUCCUAUCCAUCACCGACACCGCAGGCCAAGAGGAAUAUCGUGGGCUAUUGUCUGCCUCGACACUAAACUCGGACGCCUCCCUCCUAGUUUACGAUAUCACCAACCCCUCGAGUCUUGAAACGCUGCAUCAGUGGAGGCGGAACAACGCGUCGAGGACAAGCAGCGACUGCGCCAAGAGUUUAAAAAGAAAUCCGGAGUUAUAG